AUGCCUGGAAUAGCCAGGAAACUUCUCAUAUCUGCUGCCCCUGAUGGCCUCAUAAUCCAACCACUUUCCGCCAAAGGCCAGAGGCCGUUUCACCCGCUCAGGAUAGGCUACGGAGAUGCCAUCAUAUCCACGGCCUCAAGGGAGCAGGUGCCCGACUCAACACCCCCCGACUCAUCGUUCGAAGCAUUUGGCAUCAUAGGGCUAUUCACUGUCUCGAGACUCAGCUAUCUCGUUACAAUUACCAAACGCCAGCAAGUAGCUCAAGUUUAUGGUUCUCCAAUCUAUGUUGUGACGGAGGUUGCGUUGACACCCUGCUCAUCUCGGGAUGAUGCGGAGGAGGCUGUCAAGAAUACUUCAGUCUCAUUACGAACUGAUGCGCCUCAAUCAGCCUCGAGCGAUGGUGGAGAAGAGACCGAUGAGGAUGUCGAAGUACCAGCCGCCAUCGCUGAUGACAUUGACGACGCCAUUGCGGAUGAUGAUUCAGGGCCGAACUCGACCCGAAGCAGCGUGGCCGAGGAUGUUAUUCGUAGGCGAGGUAGCUAUGGAAGAUUUGCGCAGCGCUGGUUCAGUGGAAGCGGGUGGACUUUGGAGCAGAAGAGGUCCAUGGGAAUGAGCAACUCGCCAACCCUCCCGCCAGUAUCAGCCAAAGCCGUACCAGUCCCGGACAUUGAACCAAUCACCCAGACUCAGGUCUCCAACUUACUUCCGAAGCUUCUGCGGACAGCUCAGAUUCUCUUCGGGGCCUCACGUAGCUUUUAUUUCUCCUACGACUUCGAUAUCACCCACAGCCUCGAGCACAGGACGAGGUCUACAAACACUGACACACCGCUCUAUACUCAGGUUGACAGAUUUUUCUUCUGGAAUAGACAUGUCAUGCAACCAUUUAUCGAUGCUGGGCAGGAUUCUCUAGUUCUGCCUGUUAUGCAGGGAUUCAUUGGCGAGCGAGAAUUCGCUGUUGACCGUAACCCGCCCCAGAUCGAUGAGUUGGCCAGAGAUUCCGUGGAACUGUGCAACCUCUCACCUGCCGAGGCUCAGAAAAAUCAAGAAUGGUUGGCAAAAUUAAAGACGAAAUCCAGCCGGAGAUCAUCGGAAGAGAGUUAUACCGUCAUCUUGAUAUCACGUCGCUCGACUAAGCGUUGCGGCCUGCGUUAUCUUCGACGAGGUAUAGACCAGGACGGGUUCACCGCCAACACAGUUGAAACCGAGCAGCUCCUCUGUCCCACUCAAUGGAGCCCUUCGGGUCGUGCGUAUUCUUUCGUGCAAAUACGAGGCAGCAUUCCCUUGUUCUUCACGCAGUCUCCCUAUUCCUUCAAACCAGUGCCUGUUUUACAGCAUUCGGACGAGGUAAAUAGGAGGGCCUGUCAGAAACACUUUGAAAAAUUGCUUCGUAAUUAUGGCGCGAUUCAGAUUGUCAACCUGGUCGAAAAGCAUGGCAUUGAAGAACCCAUUGGCACCCGAUACGAACGUACUGUCUCAUACCUGAACAAUUUGGCUCAGGGGGACAGGGACGAGGAGUCUGGGUCACUGGAAACAUGGCCCGCCGGAAAGACAUUGGAUUUCGAAUGGUUCGAUUUCCAUGCAGCAUGCCGUGGUAUGAGAUUUGAGAACGUGAGUAUUUUGCUGUCUAGUAUGAAAAACAGACUCGAGAGUUUCGGGAGCACAAAAGCCGAGGGGGGCAAUAUUGUUCAAAACCAGUUGGGUGUCUUACGAACCAAUUGCAUGGACUGUUUGGAUCGCACCAAUGUCUGCCAAAGUUCAUUUGCAAAACACAUCCUGGAGGUGCAAUUGAAAGAAGAGGGAUUUGAUAUGAGUGCACAAAUAGAUCAAGAAACGUCUUGGUUUAAUACUCUCUGGGCCGAUAACGGCGAUGCUGUCUCGAAGCAGUACGCAUCAACCGCAGCCAUGAAAGGCGAUUAUACUCGCACCAGAAAAAGAGAUUAUCGCGGCGCACUCAACGACCUUGGAUUAUCCCUCGCACGCUUCUACAGCGGGAUGGUAAAUGAUUACUUCAGUCAAACAGCCAUAGAUUUCCUCCUAGGAAAUGUAACCGACGGGGUUUUCGAUGAGUUCGAGGCUGAUAUGAUGACGAAAGAUCCAGCCGUAUCGAUGAAUAAGAUGCGGGAGCAAGCUAUCAAUCUCUGUCAAAAACGCGUAGUAGCAGAUGAGACAGAGGAAUACCAUGGCGGGUGGGUUCUUUUGAGCCCCAAUGCGUCAGACCGGAUCAAAUCAGAUCCUAUGGAAGAAGUUGUCCUCUUGCUUACGGACGCCGCUCUCUAUCUCUGCCGCUUUGACUGGAACCUGGACAAGGUCUCGUCGUUUGAGCGCGUUCACCUUGCGAGCAUCACGGGCAUCAAACGUGGCACAUAUAUCACAUCUACUAUAUCCACAUCUCAGACCGAUGAGUCGAAAAACGUUGGAUUCGUAGUCUCAUAUCAGCCAGGAAAGACCGAUAUCAAACGAACCAACACACGAACCUUAUCAAGCAAGGGAGACUUGGUCCCUGGUCCCCGAAGCGAGGAUAAAGGUUCCAAUAAGCCGCUCAGCCUUGUUACGUUGUUUUCGGGUGGCUCGAAAGCUCCUCCUCCUGCACGAAUCAUUGCCUUCAAGGCACCGUAUACGGAGUCAUCCAUAGUUGCUUCGGGCUCUGGCCCGAACCAGACGGAACCGCAGCAGGUAUCCAGCAUCUGCGCAGAGAUUGAACGCCUUACACUUCAGCACCACCUACACAAGAGUAAUGAGGAGAGGAAGGGGGUUGUAGAGGACGGGGACAUCAUUUCUUUGGAAGAGGCGAAGCGGAACACCGGCUUGCUAGAGCAUUUGGGACAUUCCAUCAAAAAACUUGUUUGGGCGUAA